UCCGCCUUCUGCCAGAUGUUCAGGAGACAUGGUGCCUGGCCCAUGGAAAGCACUGAGGUGUCUGCUGUGUUCAGGCCCCUUUUAUGUUGCUCUAUACCACCACAUCUGAAAGCACCAUAUUUACCCCCUCAAGAGGGGUACCCCCAAAAGUGAAGGCCUGUCUCCUUCUGCUUCACCACAGCACCCGGACUGACAUCUGGCUCAGAGGAGGGCUCUGCGAGGGUUUGUUUGUUCGUGCCUGCCAGACACAAGCAAGCCUCUCGAGACUGCUUUUCUGUUCCUGUAAAGCAGAGGCAAACUGUCUCCAAAUGGCCUGCAGACCAUCAGGCUCCACCCUGUAAGCUGGAUCUCAUCUAUGGAGAGGGCCCUCACAGUCCUGCAAGUGAGCCUGUACCACCCCACACCAGGCCUGGUCACCUUUGCUAAAGUCCCACUGCGGCUGCAGCAUGAUACCAGUCGGCUGCUGGUGGGACGUGGGCAGGACGCCCACAUCCAGCUGCAGCUGCCCCAGCUGUCCCGACACCAUCUGUCCUUGGAGCCCUACCUGGAGAAAGGCAGCAACCUGCUAGCCUUCUGCCUUAAGGUGUUGUCUCGCAAGAGCUGUGUGUGGGUCAACGGGCUGCCCCUGAGGUACCUGGAGCAGGUCCCCCUCAGUGCUGUCAACAGAAUCUCCUUCUCUGGCAUCCAGAUGGUAGUCCGCAGAGACGGGGGCUCCUCCCUUGAGGCCUUUGUCUGCUACUUCCAUUUCAGCUCGUCACCCCUGAUUUACAGACCCAAGGCCCAGGAGACGGAUGAAUGGGAAAACGUUCUUAAGAAGGAGACUCCUCCUGUUUGUGGGGAGGCAACUCGUGAUCUCUUGGGGUCUCCCCAGGACUCCUCCCGGACUCAGACAGCUGUUCCCAGCCAAGCCCUGGAGGAGCAACAGAAAUAAAGCUCCAGAGGGAAACCCCCAGACACUGCAUCCUGCCAGCCCUGCUGGCUGAGAGCAAGUCUUACUAAAACAGGGUUUGAAGUAUUUGAACUAUGUCAUGUGAGGUUGACACACAAAGUUGACAUGCAAGGCCUGCUGGCCACCCCACUCUCAGGGAACUGAUCCUGUAAACUUUGAGCAGCCCAGGGGUGGAGAAGUGCCCUCCAUGGCUCUGGGUAAUGGGAACUAUGGGAACUUCAUAUACUUUUAGAGGCCCUGAGAGGUUCUGGGGAGCCUCUCCCAUCAUCACCCUCCCCCCCCCCAUUUCCUCCUUUUUCUGGCUAGGAGUCACUUUAUGUUGCUCAUUUCACAGGCUGCUUAAAGCAGAAGCAUAGGGUUGCUGCAGGAAUGCAAGAACGCGUGGAGAAAUGACAUUUGUGGUAGCUCAGGGUUACCUUCAGCUUUCAAAUACCCACAGGCACUCAGGGCUUAGGAAAGCCUGUGUUUAAUAAACUGAAAGUAUUUCAUUAAGCUGGCACACCCAGUAGGAUUCCGAGUCCCAGAUGGGCCACAUGUACGCCAUGUUGUCAUGUGGAGCUGGGGGCGGGAAACCUGGGAGAGGUGUGAGAGGAAAUUGGGAAGGUAGGUAGGAGUUUUCGUUUCUAGAAAGGCUGCAUGGCAGAGCUCAAGGCUUCCGGGAGGGGAGCUAGAGACAAGGACUGCUUGGAUAUUUCUUCUCCCCUCCCUCCUUUCCCCUCCUCUUCCUUUUCUCCCUCCUCUCUUCUCCCAUUCUCUGUCACUUCUGGACCAAGGCCCUGGCUGACCAGAGGGCAAAGGUCUUCAGGAAAAGACUGUUUCCUGCAGAAGUAGGCUCUUUCAGAACUAAUUCCAUGGUUAGAGAGCAAGGUUGUGUCAGAAGUCAACCAAGUUAUCCCACUUGGAGUAAGAUGCCUGCCAGGGCUUCUCUUUCCUGAUCAGACAUGGAGGUGGGGUUGUUAAGGAGCCAGGCAAGCAAGGAUAGCAGAAUUUUCUCAGGGAGAAGGGAGCAGAGGGCUAACAGCUGCUUGCUAUUUAGAAAUAAUGUUUACUCAAGUAAGGGCAGGAGAAUCCUACAAACUCAGGUAACUACCAUAAGCCCAGACUCUGCACAAGGGCACCCCAGACACUGAAGGCACAGUGCUGCUCACAAACUGACUCAUAACCCCAGCAUCUGUGACACCUCUGUCACGAACCAUUCCCUGCCCUUUUGUGCCCAAGGCAGACUAUAGGA